AUGAAGCCCCGCGGUUCCCCUCAGGGUCUGCUCCGGUUCAAUGUGCCGUCCACAGCCGCGAGGCUCGUGAUACGACCCCCGAGGCGCUUUGCUUCCCACGCAUCGCCUUCCCCUUCACCCCCUCCUUCAUCUUCUCCCUCUACUCCGUCGCCAAAGCAGCAGCGAUGGCUGCGACUUGCCUUCAUAACGGCCGCUGCGGCAGGAAUUGGCGCACUCGUCAGGUCGCAACAGGGUCCCGACUCAUCGACCCUGAAUCCGGUCAAAUUCACCCCAUACUAUCUAGUGUCCCGCGAGCCAGUCUCAUCAACCGGGAGCUUUUUCAUUCUUCAGCCGCCAAAGGAGGAUGGAAGCAACAAUGCAGUCUACGAAGGGGCAUGGAAGACGGGUGUCUGGAGCGUGAUGUUUAAGCAGCCACAGCUGCAGAUCGGAAGAGACUACACACCUCUGCCAUCCACCUCGUCGGGGGAAGAAGACGAUGAGUGUCUGCGCUUUUUCAUCCGGAAAGACCCCUUCGGUGAGGUCUCCCGCUACCUGCAUAGCCUGGAUAUCGGUGCACCUAUUGAAGUACGUGGCCCACGAAUUGAAUGUGAGAUUCCUUCGGAUACACGGCAGAUCUUGUUCAUCGCCGGGGGCACAGGGAUUGCCCCUGCAUUGCAAGCCGGACAUACGCUUCUUCGCCGCACAAGUCCGACCCACAAGCCCAAAAUACAUAUCCUUUGGGCCAACAGAAGAAGGGAAGACUGCGUUGGCGGUGUGAGUGAGACAACUACAACUACAGCGGCGCCCCAAAGGUCAUGGCUCUCCGGCUUUUCCACAUCUUUGAAGGACAAACACACUCCCAUUUAUCCACCGAAGGCUGCUGACACUUCGUUGAUUGUCCGGGAAUUGGAGGCUCUUCAAUCGCAAUAUCCUGGACAGGUGAGCGUGGAUUACUUUGUCGAUGAGGAAGGCACCAGCAUCGGGAAGCAGUCCAUUUUGGACUCUACCAGCAGUGCGCUGUCUUCCAAGGAGCCGGGUAAAGGGAAACACAACCUCAUUCUGGUCUCUGGACCAGAGGGCUUCAUUAGCUACAUGGCAGGACCAAAGCUCUGGGCUCAGGGGAUGGAACUGCAGGGUCCACUUCGGGGGAUUCUAAAAGAAUUGGACCUAAAGAAUUGGGCCGUAUGGAAGUUGUAA